CGUAAUUUCUUGGGCGACGAAAGACCAUUUUCUUUGGAUAUUGAAGGCUACAGAUCACAGAUUCGGCCUGAGGCUAUUCUCCAACGAUGAUUGAGUCCAUUAAGCACCGAUUUGGGCGGAUUUAUUCCGAGUCAAUUUUUGGCAGAUUCCAAAGGGGUACCAUAACUGAUUUCUGACGAUUUAUCCGAAAUGCCAUUUUAUUUCGAUUCUGGAGGCUACAGAUCACGGAAUGAGGCCGAGGCUAUUCUCCACCCAUAAUGAAGUCUAUUGAUCCUAUUCUCCACAGAUGAUAUGUCCGUUAAGCAUCGAUUUGGGCAAAUUUAUUUUUCGGAUGGCGUUUUCGUAAUUUCUUAGGCGAUGAAAGGCCAUUUUCUUUGGAUAUUGAAGGCUAUAGAUCACGGAUUCGGGCUGAGGCUAUUCUCCAACGAUGAUUGAGUCCAUUAAGCACCUAUUUGGGAGGAUUUAUUCCGGGUCAAUUUUUGGUAGAUUCCAAAGGGGUACCAUCACUGAUUUCUGACGAUUUAUCCGAAAUGGCAUUUUAUUUCGAUUCUGGAGGCUACAGAUCACGGAAUUAGGCCGAGGCUAUUCUCCACCCAUAAUGAAGUCUAUUGAUCCUAUUCUCCACAGAUGAUAAGUCCGUUAAGCAUCGAUUUGGGCAAAUUUAUUUUUCGGAUGGCAUUUUUGUAAUUUCUUAGGCGAUGAAAGGCCAUUUUCUUUGGAUAUUGAAGUCUACAGAUCACGGAUUCGGGCUGAGGCUAUUCUCCAACGAUGAUUGAGUCCAUUAAGCACCUAUUUGGGAGGAUUUAUUCCGGGUCAAUUUUUGGUAGAUUCCAAAGGGGUACCAUCACAGAUUUCGGCCGAUUUAUCCGAAAUGCCAUUUCCUUUCGAUUCUGGAGGCUACAGAUCACGGAAUCAGGCCGAGGCUAUUAUCCACCGAUAAUGAAGUCUAUUGAUCCUAUUCUCCACAGAUGAUAAGUCCGUUAAGCAUCGAUUUGGGGCUAUUUAUUUUCAGAUGACAUUUCCGUAAUUUCUUGGGCGACGAAAGGCCAUUUUCUUUGGAUAUUGAAGGCUACAGAUCACAGAAUCGGCCUGAGGCUAUUCUCCAAGGAUCAUUGAGUCCAUUAAGCACCGAUUUGGGCGGAUUUAUUCCGAGUCAAUUUUUGGCAGAUUCCAAAGGGGUACCAUCACAGAUUUCGGCCGAUUUAUCCGAAAUGCCAUUUCCUUUCGAUUCUGGAGGCUACAGAUCACGAAAUCAGGCCGAGGCUAUUCUCCACCGAUAAUGAAGUCUAUUGAUCCUAUUCUCCACAGAUGAUAAGUCCGUUAAGCAUCGAUUUGGGCCAAUAUAUUUUUCGGAUGGUAUUUUCGUAAUUUCUUGGGCGACGAAAGGCCAUUUUCUUUGGAUAUUGAAGGCUACAGAUCACGGAUUCGGCCUGAGGCUAUUCUCCAACGAUGAUUGAGUCCAUUAAGCACCUAUUUGGGCGGAUUUAUUCCUUGUCAAUUUUUGGCAGAUUCCAAAGGGGUACCAUCACUGAUUUCGGCCGAUUUAUCGGAAAUGCCAUUUUCUUUCGAUUCUGGAGGCUACAGAUCACGGAAUCAGGCCGAGGCUAUUCUCCACCGAUGAUGAAGUCUAUUGAUCCAAUUCUCCACUGAUGAUAAGUCCGUUAAGCAUCGAUUUGGGCCUUUUAAUUUUUGAUGGCAUUUUCGUAAUUUCUUGGACAACGAAAGGCCAUUUUCUUUGGAUAUUGAAGGCUACAGAUCACGGAUUCGGCCUGAGGCUAUUCUCCAACGAUGAUUGAGUCCAUUAAUCACAGAUUUGGGCGGAUUUAUUCCGGGUCAAUUUUUGGCAGAUUCCAAAGGGGUACCAUCACAGAUUUCAGGCGAUUUAUCCGAAAUGCCAUUUUCUCUCGAUUCUGGAGGCUACAGAUCACGGAAUCAGGCCGAGGCUAUUCUCCACAGAUAAUGAAGUCUAUUGAUCCUAUUCUCCACAGAUGAUAAGUCCGUUAAGCAUCGAUUUGGGGCUAUUUAUUUUCGGAUGGCAUUUUCGUAAUUUCUUAGGCGACGAAAGGCCAUUUUCUUUGGAUAUUGAAGGCUACAGAUCAAGGAUUCGGCCUGAGGCUAUUCUCCAACGAUGAUUGAGUCCAUUAAGCACCUAUUUGGGCAGAUUUAUUCCGGGUCAAUUUUUGGCAGAUUCCAAAGGGGUACCAUCACUGAUAUCCGGCGAUUUAUCCGAAAUCCCAUUUUCUUUCGAUUAUGGAGGUUACAGAUCACGGAAUCAGGCCGAGGCUAUUCUCCACUGAUAAUGAAGUCUAUUGAUCCUAUUCUCCACAUAUGAUAAGUCCGUUAAGCAUCGAUUUGGGCCAAUUUAUUUUUCGGAUGGCAUUUUCGUAAUUUCUUGGGCGACGAAAGGCCAUUUUCUUUGGAUAUUGAAAGCUACAGAUCACGGAUUCGGCCCGAGGCUAUUCUCCACCAAUAAUGAAGUCUAUUGAUCCUAUUCUCCACGGAUGAUAAGUCCGUUAAGCAUCGAUUUGGGCCAAUUUAUUUUCGGAUGGCAUUUUCGUAAUUUCUUGGGCGUCGAAAGGCCAUUUUCUUUGGAUAUUGAAGGCUACAGAUCACGGAUUCGGCCUGAGGCUAUUCUCCAUCGAUGAUUGAGUCCAUUAAGCACAGAUUUAAGCGGAUUUAUUCCAGGUCAAUUUUUGGCAGAUUCCAAAGGGGUACCAUCACAGAUUUCGGGCGAUUAAUCCGAAAUGCCAUUUUCUUUCGAUUCUGAAGGCUACAGAUCACAGAAUUAGGCCGAGGCUAUUCUCCACCGAUAAUGAAGUCUAUUGAUCCUAUUCUCCACAGAUGAUAAGUCCGUUAAGCAUCUAUUUGGGCCAAUUUAUUUUUCGGAUGGCAUUUUCGUAAUUUCUUGGGCGACGAAAGGCCAUUUUCUUUGGAUAUUGAAUGCUACUGAUCACGGAUUAGGUCUGAGGCUAUUCUCCAACGAUGAUUGAGUCCAUUAAGCACCGAUUUGGGCGGAUUUAUUCCGGGUCAAUUUUUGGCAGAUUCCAAAGGGGUACCAUCACAGAUUUCCGGCGAUUUAUCUGAAAUGCCAAUUUCUUUCGAUUCUGGAGGCUACAGAUCACAGAAUCAGGCCGAGGCUAUUCUCCACCGAUAAUGAAGUCUAUUGAUCCUAUUCUCCACGGAUGAUAAGUAUGUUAAGCAUCGAUUUGGGCCAAUUUAUCUUCGGAUGGCAUUUUCGUAAUUUCUUGGGCGACGAAAGGCCAUUUUCUUUGGAUAUUGAAGGCUACAGAUCACGGAUUCGGCCUGAGGCUAUUAUCCAACGAUGAUUGAGUCCAUUAAGCAUCGAUUUGGGCGAAUUUAUUCCGGGUCAAUUUUUGGCAGAUUCCAAAGGGGUACCAUCACAGAUUUCGGCCGAUUUAUCCGAAAUGCAAUUUUCUUUCGAUUAUGGAGGCUACAGAUCACGGAAUCAGGCCGAUGCUAUUCUCCACCGAUAAUGAAGUCUAUUGAUCCUAUUCUCCACGGAUGAUAAGUAUGUUAAGCAUCGAUUUGGGCCAAUUUAUCUUCGGAUGGCAUUUUCGUAAUUUCUUGGGCGACGAAAGGCCAUUUUCUUUGGAUAUUGAAGGCUACAGAUCACGGAUUCGGCCUGAGGCUAUUCUCCAACGAUGAUCGAGUCCAUUAAGCACCGAUUUGGGCGAAUUUAUUCCGGGUCAAUUUUUGGCAGAUUCCAAAGGGGUACCAUCACAGAUUUUGGAAGAUUUAUCCGAAAUGCCAUUUUCUUUCUAUUCGAGAGGCUACAGAUCACGGAAUCAGGCCGAGGCUUUUCUCCACCAAUAAUGAAGUCUAUUGAUCCUA